CUGUAGACACAUCUCUGCCCAGAUAACUGUCAUUAAUCUAUCACAGAAUGGCUCCCUUGCGACCGCUAUCUCAGGCGUUGUAUCCUCGGAUAUCAGGCGCUCGGAGCGUUUCAACCAAGACCUCCCCAAAGGGACCCCUUUCUGGCAUCACAGUGGUUAGCCUUGAACAGGCCAUUGCAGCUCCAUUCUGUACGCGGCAACUGGCAGACCUUGGGGCUCGUGUCAUUAAAAUUGAGCGACCUGGUGUGGGGGACUUUGCACGGAAUUACGACACUCGCGUCAACGGUCUUGCAUCGCACUUCGUCUGGACAAAUCGGUCGAAGGAAAGUCUCGCAUUAGACCUCAAGAAGCCACGCGAUCAUGGGGUCCUAAUGCGCCUGCUGGGUAAAGCCGAUGUCCUAGUUCAGAACUUGGCUCCCGGAGCCAGUGCACGGCUAGGACUGUCCCAUGAAGAGCUUAAGAAGAAGCAUCCCUCACUGAUUGUGUGCAAUAUCUCCGGGUACGGACCAGAUGGCCCGUAUCGUGAUAAGAAGGCCUACGACUUGCUUAUACAAAGCGAGGCAGGCAUGCUUUCUGUUACAGGGGCCGCUCAAGAGCCUGCUAAAGUAGGCAUUUCUAUCGCGGAUAUUUCUGCCGGAAGCUACGCGUACUCUAAUAUUCUGGCGGCUAUCAUUCAAAGGGGGAAUGACCCUGAGAAGCGUGGGUGUAACAUCGAUAUCUCAAUGUUGGAGAGUAUGGUCGAAUGGAUGGGAUUUCCGCUGUACUAUACCUACCAGAACGCACCGAGACCGACACCAACGGGAGCCUCGCACGCUGCGGUCUACCCGUAUGGACCAUUUGAAACGGGGGAUGGAAAAUCCGUCAUGCUGGGGAUCCAGAAUGAACGUGAAUGGGUCAAUUUCUGUGAGAAGGUUCUGUCUCUGCCAGGUUUGGCGACAGAUGAACGGUUUGUCAACAACUCCCUUCGAUCGCAGAACCGGGAUGCGCUUAAGGGCAUCAUUUGCGAGGUGUUCUCAUCUUUGACCGCGGAGAAAGUGGUUACUCUCUUGGACGAGGCCGCCAUUGCCAAUGGUAAUGUCAACGAUAUGCAGGGUGUUUGGGAACACCCACAGCUCAAAGCGCGUGAUCGGUGGACUGAGGUUUCCACUCCGGCUGGCAUCGUCCCGGCUUUGCUGCCACCGGGACUAACUCAAGGGGAACCUGGUAGAUUCUCAGCCAGAAUGGACGCAGUUCCGGAUGUUGGAGAACAUAAUGCGGCGAUCCUGGCCGAGUUGGGAAUUGAUGAUGCGGGGAAGGAUUCAUAA